CGCGCUCCGCAAGCGGCAGAGAGCGCCACGCGCGCGCGUGCUGUUGCUUGCUGGCUGGCUGGCGAGCUGGCGGGAGCUUUCCCUGAGCCUUUUUCAAUGGGGCUGUGAGGCGAAGCGGAGCCCCCCACAAGGACUAGGAGGCGGCGGUGGCUUGAGAGCGCGUGGGUGCGUUCCCUUUCGGAGAGGAGAGUGGACGAGGCCGAGGAAGCCGGCCGGAGAGAGCGCCUUGCCGCAGCAAUGCAGCAAGUUUUGGAUAAUCUUACAGACUUGCCCCCAUCAACUGGAGCCGAAGAAAUAGACCUUAUUUUCUUGAAAGGAAUCAUGGAGAAUCCAAUUGUUAGAUCGCUUGCUAAGGCUCAUGAAAGACUGGAAGAUUCUAAACUUGAAGCCGUAAGUGACAACAAUUUGGAGUUGGUAAAUCAGAUUCUUGAAGACAUCAGACCAUUAGUAAACAAAGAUGAAAACAUUGCAGAGUUGGUUGGUAUACUGAAGGAGCCACAUUUUUUGUCCCUCUUGGAAGCCCAUGAUAUUGUGGCAUCAAAGUGUUAUGAGUCUCCUCCCUCUAGUCCAGAAAUGAAUAAUUCUUCAGUGAACAAUCAGAUUGUACCAGUCGAUGCCAUUCGCAUCCUCGGCAUUCAUAAAAGAGCAGGAGAGCCAUUGGGUGUGACUUUUAGGGUAGAGAAUAAUGAUCUGGUAAUUGCAAGAAUCCUUCAUGGAGGAAUGAUAGAUCGACAAGGUCUUCUACAUGUGGGCGAUAUCAUUAAAGAGGUUAAUGGUCAUGAAGUUGGAAACAACCCAAAAGAGUUGCAAGAACUCCUAAAGAGUAUUAGUGGCAGUGUCACUCUGAAGAUCCUGCCUAGCUACAGAGAUAAUAUUAUUCCCCAGCAGAUUUCUCUUCAACAAGAUGAGUUGCAUUCACUGGUAUCCAGUUCAUAUCUUUCUGCCGAGUUUGUGUAUAAAGUAUAUGUAAAAUGUCACUUUGACUAUAAUCCAUACAAUGACAACCUGAUCCCAUGUAAAGAAGCAGGGCUCAAGUUUGCCAAAGGGGAAAUCCUUCAGAUUGUAAAUCGGGAAGACCCAAACUGGUGGCAGGCUAGCCAUGUCAAGGAAGGAGGAAGUGCAGGACUCAUUCCUAGCCAAUUCUUGGAAGAAAAAAGGAAAGCAUUUGUAAGACGGGACUGGGACAAUUCUGGUAAUAUGUACAACGGUCCAUUUUGUGGAACAAUAAGUAGUAAAAAGAAGAAAAAGAUGAUGUAUCUUACAACCAGAAAUGCAGAAUUUGACCGCCAUGAAAUCCAGAUCUAUGAGGAAGUAGCAAAAAUGCCCCCAUUUCAAAGAAAAACACUGGUUUUAAUAGGAGCCCAAGGUGUGGGUCGAAGAAGUUUAAAAAACAGAUUCAUUGUGUUAAAUCCCACAAAAUUUGGAACCACAGUGCCAUUUACAUCAAGAAAGCCGAGAGAUGAUGAAAAAGAUGGGCAAGCAUACAGAUUCGUAUCACGAGUAGAAAUGGAGACAGAUAUCAAAGCUGGAAGAUACUUAGAACAUGGAGAAUAUGAAGGAAACCUUUAUGGCACCAAAAUAGAUUCCAUCCUUGAAGUGGUUCAGACUGGAAGGACAUGCAUCUUGGAUGUGAACCCACAGGCACUAAAGAUAUUGCGAACAUCAGAGUUUAUGCCAUAUGUAGUGUUUAUUGCUGCUCCAGAAUUAGAAACACUGCGUGCCAUGCAUAAAGCCGUGGUGGAUGCAGGAAUUACAACAAAGCUUCUAACAGAUACUGAUUUGAAGAAAACAGUUGAUGAGAGUGCACGCAUCCAGAGAGCAUAUAGCCACUAUUUUGAUCUGGUCAUUGUGAAUGACAAUCUGGACAAAGCCUUUGAAAAAUUGCAAACCGCUACGGAGAAACUGAGGACAGAACCACAGUGGGUCCCAAUUAGCUGGGUGUACUGACAGUUUUUCCGAAGACAUGCGUAACUACCAAAUUAGGUUUACUGAAGCAAAUGUUAUACUGAGAAGACAUUGUACAGAGCUGCCAGAUACCGAGCAGCACCCGAUGCAUUUUUAUUCUGUGUAUAUUCAGAUAAUGGUAUGCUAUUCCAAGUUUUUAUACAAAAUGUUGAAGGGAAAAGUGUACUUAAAUAUGUAAUUUAUUUUAAUUUUUCUAACUUUUUACAGAUAACCUUUCUAUUCAUAUCACAUGAAGGAAAUGCGUUGAAGCAUUUUUAUAAAUGUUUUUGAUUUACUACUUUGCCUUUAUUCAUCUAAGGAACUUUCCAGUCAUUCACUUAAACAUCUGGUCUUACAUUUUCACUGUGAUGAGGAGAAAAAUACUUGAAAAAAGGUUGUUUAUAUAUAUAAAAAAUUAUAAAACUCUAUAUAAAAUCAAGUGUUUCAUCUGGUCAGUUCCUCUUAAUUUUGGGAAGAUGUUAGACUUUAUUCUACUAUACCUGUCAUUCUUCUCGAUAUAAGCAAAAUUUUCAAUACUUAAACACCAACCAGCACUGAGCCAUGUUACGGACACUUUUAUUUUGCUUAAUAUUCAUAUAUGCUUUGCAUUUGUCUGGUUUUAGACAGAUGUGCUGUAGUUUUUUCUGUAUGUGCUGUCUUUUUACAAACACUAAAAGCAAUAUCUUGAAACUUCCCUAGGCAACUGUUCUGAUGAGCCAGUGUUUCAGUCCAUUAGAACAAGUAUUACUUUCUCAGAGAUUUAUGUAAUGUGCUUCAUUGUGUUUGGGAUCAUGGUGAAGUAGCCUGAGAGAAGCUUAGCAGUUGGGGCUCAGCAUGUAGGAUGUAUGUUCUCACUUGUGAAAAAACAUUGCUUAAAAAUCAACAACUGGCUUUUUAAAUAAUGACCUUGCCCUGUGUUUGUAUAUUGUUCCGUGGCUGGCUUUUAUUUUACACCAGAAUAUUUAUAAGUGAUUAUGUGUAUUAAUGAAAUGUGACGUGAUGGGACUUUGAGCUGUCUGUUACCUUGUGUUAAACUGCUUUAUUCACCAAAUAGCUUGUGAAACUAAAGUUACUGUCAGAUGGUAAAAUUUAAUGUUAUUUAUAAGUAGGUUUACUUUUGUUUUACACUCAUGAUUUUUAUGAUAUUCUUCCUUUGAAUAGAAAAAAACCAUAUUCUUUUAGGUUCAUAUUCAAUUAAAACACUUUUGCUGUGUAUAUUCUAUUUAAUGAAUAUAGAUGCAAACUGUCACGAGGACAAACUAGUCUAAUGACCCUAUUUUAUAUUGUACCUGUUGUAAAUAUACCCAUUGAUUGCUAAUUUGCUAGGUGCCUGACUUGGUACAACCACCAGUCCAUUUAUUUCACUGUGUGAGGACAGGCACUUGGCAUUAGAAUUUAUUUUCAACACCAAAGUAUCAUCCACAAGACACCAACAAAGGAGAAUUUAGAAAGGCUGGGAUCCUACAGAAAAGUUCCUUGCCCAUUUGGUUUUUAAACAUGUUUAAUUGUGCACAAGAAAACAGGGUUUGGAUAGUUUUACUUUAUACAGAGAGACGAUGAGACACCAAAAGGUAUUAUAGAUUGAAAAAAACCUUUAAGGUAUUUUUUUAAGGACUUAAGUAUAUUUUGUCAAUGUUAUGCAGAUUAUUGCAUAUCUUGUCUUAAUUGCUGUUGGUACUUAGAUUUUAGCUUUUAACUAUCAAAUAUUUUUAAGAAACUUAAAACUUUUGUUGCAUAAUAUCUAUAGAUAGCCUGAUCUUCAGCGUUUGACAAGUGUACGCAGCAGAGUAUGAAGAAUCAUUUUCAUGCGUGGUAUCCAGAAUGAUAAUUUAAAACAGGGUAGGCAGAGGGUGGCUUGCAAGGCAUCCCCAAGGGGUCAAAAAUAUGAAAAGAAAUUGUUCUGAAAUGCCACCAGUGAUCUUCGGGAGCACAAAGGACAUUGACCAUUGGAUCCCCCUUGGGAGUAAAAUGAAAUUCUGCAAAAAUGUCCUCAAAAUUUCUCUAAAUGCCUUUUAGGUGCACAUGAACACAGCCCUUAAAAGGCUCUGAGGGGGAUUUGAAGGCCAGAAAAAAUAACGUAUCUCAGAAAAGGUGGAGUGGAGGGAUAUGGCCCGCCAAUGUCUCUGGUGCACCCUCAUCUUCCACAGUUACUCAGCCCUGAUUUAAAUAUAUACUGUUAUUCAUUCUUGAUGCCAUUGUAGGAUUACUAAUGAGGUACUACUUUUAUGGGACUUUUGAAGUAGAAACGUGAGUGCAGAAACUUAUUGAAUCCUAAUUUAGAAUGUUAGCUCCUGUUCCUUUAUUUUCCAGUGUUUCGCUGGACAGCAUUCCAAUAGAUUCGGUGUUACUGCUUUUGGCCAGCUUGAAAAAGAGAGCGUCUCAAGGUGAAUCAAUGUAAACCUAGAAUGGGGCUGCUCUCUUGCUCAGAUUUCAAGUGAACUGCAUUUCUGUUUGGAAGGGAUGUGGAGGUAGACAAAUUAAUCUGAUCUAAAUCCUCAUAGGGCCCUAAUUGGCUUCUAUGGUUCUGCAACAGGCCAUUUUGAUUGGAACAUAGAAGCAGUCAGUGGCCAACAGAUUUGAUCAGAGGAAAUCUGAUGAAUAAUUAACAGGAAUUUGAUUGUGUUAUGAAGCACACUACCCAA